CAACCACCAAUACAACGCAAGGAUGACCUUCCGCAAAGGCUUCACUCAGUCCCUCCGCCAACUUUCAGCCGACGCUCGCAAGCCGGCAAAGAAAGACGCCGCCAUCACCACCCUCAAGGACAUGCUGGCCCACGAAGCAGACAGCCAAGCCCAACGCGCAAUUCUAUACACCCUAUGUGAGCUCCCAGAGACGAGAGCCUGGGCUUUCAAAAAGGUUGAGGAGGACGGGAAAUGGACGGACGCUGAUGUGGAGAUAUUGAAGGCGGCUGACGAGUCUGGCAAGGAUGUUGGUGAGGUUCAGAAGGCCAGGGACGUCACGAUGGCCCCCGUCACGAUGGCGCCUGUUCCAGACCCAGCACCCCGAAUCGACCAAGAGACUCUGCAAAGUCUCAAAACCGCUCUGAUCCUCGAAACGAUCUCCUCAUCGCUGACGAUGAUCACAUCCAUUGCCACCCUCUCGAACCGAAUUUUCCACUCGGCCACGACUACGCCCGAAAUCCUGCACGACCUGCUGUUCACGCUCAUGCAAUCCCGUUUAGAUAUCGCCACGAUUGAAACCGGCGGGGAAGACGAGCUUCUGCAAUCAUGCAUUGUCGACCUAUUCGGGGGGUCUGCGAACGUUCCGUACCAUCGGCUGGUGUGCUACAUUGAUAUGCUGCGAUUUGACGGGGAGAGUAAGAAGGUGGCAAGGAUAGCGGCGAAUUUGAUGUUAGUAGAUCAUCUACGGGAGGAUGGGGGUGCGGUGGAUAUUGCUGAGCGACCUAUUGAGUAUAUUUUGGACACCCUGAAGGCGUAUAGGGACUCUAUUAGGAUGUAGGGUUGGACGACGGUUCCAUGCCACUUUUAGUCUAGCGAUGGAAUAGAUAUUGGAAUUAGUGGCUUCAAUGAGGAAACAGAUGGAGCAACUCCUUAC